ACUUCGAUCAAAUAUCUUAAUAAUGGGAGCCUACAGAGCCGACGACGACUACGAUUAUCUCUUUAAACUAGUCUUGAUUGGAGAUUCCGGCGUCGGAAAAUCCAACCUUUUGUCUCGAUUCACCAGAAACGAAUUCAGCAUCGAGUCAAAGUCAACCAUCGGUGUAGAGUUCGCCACAAGAAGUGUUCAUGUCGACGAGAAAAUCAUCAAAGCUCAGCUUUGGGAUACCGCUGGUCAAGAAAGAUACAGAGCAAUCACGAGUGCAUACUAUAGAGGAGCAGUGGGGGCACUUCUAGUAUACGACAUAACUAGACACAUAACGUUCGAAAACGUUGAAAGAUGGCUCAAGGAGCUUCGUGACCAUACUGAUGCCAACGUUGUGAUCAUGCUUGUUGGAAACAAAGCCGAUCUUCGACACCUUCGUGCAGUCCCAACAGAAGAAGCUAGAUCAUUCUCUGAAAGAGAAAACAUGUUUUUCAUGGAGACUUCUGCUUUGGAUGCUACAAAUGUCGAACAAGCUUUCACUCAUGUUUUGACUCAAAUCUAUCGUGUAAUGAGCCGUAAAGCUCUUGAUGGUACUGGAGAUCCGAUGUCUCUACCUAAAGGACAAACCAUUGAUAUUGGAAACAAAGAUGAUGUUACUGCUGUUAAAUCAUCUGGUUGUUGCUCAGGUUGAGAUUAUUGUUUUUGUUUUUGUAAACUGUCUUUUUGGAAGGAGGUUUUGGCUUUGGUUUUGUUGUAUUGGACUUUUUGAGGGCUUCAUUUUAAGGUUAUGUGACCGGUUUGGUUUUAUAAUACAAAACCGAUGGUGUAUUGAAUUGGACAAGAUUUGGUCCGGUUAAUAAGGUAGUUUACUAAUA